GGAUUUGUUGCGCAACAGUGAUUACAAAAUGCCGUCAGAGUCUAAACCUUUGUUGACAGCUCAAACAGAAAAGCCAAAUCAUUACUCGUAUUUGAAAGAAUUUCGCGUUGAACAAUGCCCGCUCUUCUUACAACACAAAUGUACACAGCAUCGACCAUUCACCUGUUUUCACUGGCAUUUUAUGAAUCAGAGGCGAAGGCGGCCAGUUAGACGCAGGGAUGGUACUUUUAAUUAUAGUGCCGAUAAUUAUUGCACAAAAUAUGACGAGACUACUGGAAUUUGCCCUGAUGGGGACGAUUGCCCAUAUCUUCACCGAACUGCGGGCGACACAGAGCGACGCUACCACCUGCGCUACUACAAGACGUGUAUGUGCGUCCACGACACAGACUCGAGGGGCUACUGCGUCAAGAACGGGCUGCAUUGCGCUUUCGCGCACGGCAGUCACGACCAUCGGCCGCCCGUCUACGACAUCAAGGAGAUCCAGGCGCUGGAGGCGGCCGAGGCGGAGGGCAGCGGAUCGUUGAACGGGCCCAACGCGCUGGACAAGGAGCGGAAUUUGAUGAAUGAAGAUCCCAAAUGGCAAGAUACGAAUUUUGUAUUAUCAAAUUAUAAAACAGAACCAUGUAAGAGGCCACCAAGAUUAUGUAGGCAAGGGUAUGCAUGUCCCCAGUAUCACAACAGUAAAGAUAAAAGAAGAAGCCCUCGGAAAUUCAAAUAUAGAUCAACCCCUUGUCCCAAUGUGAAACAUGGGGAAGAAUGGGGUGAACCUGGUAAUUGUGAUGCAGGAGAUCUAUGUUCGUAUUGCCAUACUAGAACGGAACAACAAUUCCACCCUGAAAUUUACAAAAGUACAAAAUGUAAUGAUGUGCAGCAGUCAGGAUACUGUCCGAGGGGCGUAUUUUGUGCUUUUGCCCAUGUAGAACAGGAAUUAGGUGUUUCAAGAGAUACUGGUGAAAGUGGCACAAAUUUAGCAGAUAUAUUAUCAAAUGUUCUUCCCCAGAGCAGUGGAGAUAUUAAACUCAAAGAAAAGAGCAGUGAUAGUUCUAAUGGUUGUAGUGAGGUGAGCGAAUCAUCUUCAACAUCUUCAGAAUUAGGAAAUUCCAUUAGUAAUUUAAAUAGUAGUCUGUUGAAUGUGAAUUCUAGCAGUACAAGUAAGAGUAAGGCUCCAGGAUCACAGUUGACACAUAAACCUAUACCUUUUCAAAGGAGACCGACGAUAGGAUUGGAAUUAACCAAUAAACUUUUGGCUAUAGAGAAUGAUCCUACAUUAGAUUCCUUAGAAAGAGAACAAAGAAAACAGACUUUAUGUUAUACUUAUAACCAGUUAGGAGGAUCCUUUUUCAGUACUGGAAACGAUACUGUUGAAAGUCUUGUAGGCAACGCCCUCGACGACCUCAACCUCGAGGAGUCGCUCAACUUUUCGGGCGCCCUCGACCGGGACCUCGACGCCGACUCGCCCACCGUCUCGAAUUCGAUCUCGGUGGGGCUGGCGUCGUCGGCCGGCCUGUUGGGCACCUCCGCCCCAGUCAACAUUCCCAGCUCGACGCGCCCCGGCUUGGGCGGCUUCAGCCCCACCAGCAACAGUCCGAUGCAGCCCUUUCUGUCGGCGGCCGCCAGGUUCUCGCAGUCGGACAUCGAUUUCCUCAACCAGUCGCAGAUGCAUAUUAGCAGCAGCGGCUCGAAGAUGAACAGUUACACGGGCUUUUUCGAUUUCCAAUCGCAAAACAUCUCACCCGGCUCUAGGAAUCACAACAAUUUCAGCAUGUCGCCUAGUCUCAGUAAUAAUUUGGAGGUCGUUAGGUUACGCGAAGAACUCGCCACGUACCGCAUCCAGCUCAACAACUUCGAGGACCGCUACCAGCAGACGCGCACCGCGUGCGACGCGUGGCAACGCGAAGCCGAAGACGCCACGCGCAAGUCCCAACAGGCCGACAGCAAGCUCAACGAGGCGCUCACGCGCUACGACACCCUCCAAAGGGACUUCGACGAUCUCAAGGGCGGGCCGCACAUACGCAGCAUCACCAAGGUGUCGGAGCUGAGCAAGCUGUCGCUGGGCGUGCUCAAGACGCUGCACGCGCAGCUCAGGCAGGACUUGGAGGAGAUCGAGAAGGUGUUGUAUCGGGAGACGGCGUCCAAAUGCAUGGUGUGCGAGGAGAGGAACAGGACGGUGACGUUGACCUGCAACCAUUUCGUGUUGUGCGACGCGUGCGCUGGCACGCAGAGCGAAUGCCCGUACUGUCAGACUCCUACGAACGUGAUUGGGGCGAUCUGAGGUAGAGGGGAUUAGGCUUGGGAAUGGAACGGCUAGAUCUCGGGCGGGUCGCGGCUGGGGUGGGGAUGGCUGGUUGAUUUUCGGUUGUCGGAAGGUCUCGGUGGGUUCGAGGAGAUGCUUGAGCAUUUUGCGUCGGUUUUGUCGGUGGGGUCGUUUCAAGUUUGUAUGAAUAUUUGAGCGAGGAACGUGGAAUGGUCACAUUUUUAUAGAUGUUAUGGCAUUUCCUCUGAUGGUUUCUCAUUAUUGAUAUAUGAGUUUUAAUGUACGUGUAGUGAUGACAAAUCGAAUAAUUUGUCGCAAAAUGUCACUGUGUUGAAGUAAUGACACUAUUAAGCUUUGUG